UCUGUUUCCGCAGAGCUGAAGGGGAAUCGGUGAAAAGUGUGACGGAAGAGGUGGUUCCCACUUCUUGAUAUGGUCGCCCAUAUCCAUGCCAGACCCGCCGAAAAAGCUCCUUAACCCAUUCGCAUAACAUUUUUCGAGUUCCUGCGAAAUACUAUUUAAUUUGCGAAAAAAAUGCUCAUUGCGCACCAAACCUAAAAGAAGGCAUAUCGUGCCAUCCAGCGACCGUAUGAUCGACUAACGAGUCUGGCAGACUUUUCGGCACGGACUGGACACUUCGACCGAGGCCGGCUCGGAGACUGUUAGGUACGCGGAUUAAAGAUUAAAUCCCACCGAUCAUCGGAUUUUUUUUCUGCCACAUGGGUCACAUGACGCCAUCGCUCUCUUGCGAGAGAGACGAGACGUCUCAGCCACCUAAUCCUAGCCGCGUUCUCUAUCUCUCGGCCAUCAGAUCUCAGCCAGGAAAUUGUUUGGCGGCAGGGCUCGUGAUGCUCGAUUUAAAGUGGCUUAGGGCUGCAGCCGCGCUGCGUAGCCGGAAAUGCGGGAAUGCGAGAGAACGUGACCGAGGAGAACUGCCGGGUGAGUGGAUCUCUUUUGUGGAUUGAGUGAUUUCGGUGAAAGAAUCGGGCACGCGGUUCGAGGUUUUGUGUGACGUAAGAAAUGAGACCAGGUAUAUGAUAUAUCUGGUAUGAUAACUCCGGCAUCGCGAAAUUUCCAGGCGAAACGGAUGUUUGUCUGAAACGAUUUAUUGUCUGAUUCCUCAUCGAGUCACCCAAUUUUUUUCUCUCCAUCGUUCGCAGCAUUCAGAUGAUUGGGGAUUUUUUUUCUCGUUGUGAUAUUGUGUGCGUGAUCGGGUCACUCGGACUUCUGCUUCGGGGUCAUCUUUGUGUUAUGGGAUUUUUCCGUUAAGCGUAUUUGCUGUAUCUCGUUCUCAGCCUUUUCAAGCAGGAAUGCCCUGGUCUUGUGACCGUCUUGGAAUGUCCAAGAGUUCUUCCGGGUGAAAAAAAGAAUUUAGUGAUUUCCCGCCCCCCCCUUUUUUUUGUAUGUUCGACAUCGAUGACGACGCUGUAGUCGCUCCGCAGUCGCCAGAAACGGCGACCUGGGCUCUUCCGCUUCUUGCUUGUGGGCUUCGCAAUAAAAAGAUUUCUGAAGGGAAACACCGCUGUGAUGAAUCUGUUAGCAUCAGACACGCUUGAGGGCAUGGCAGAGACUUGCAAUGGGGAGUCAUCCCAACCCCUCACAAAAUUCAUGUCCAACAUCCUCAAAUGUGAAAGAGAAUAUGCCGCGAUGAAUCGUCUGCUGCUGUUGAGUGUUUUAAGAACAUCUCUGCCCUUUGUUGCUCCUAACUUUCCCUUUGUUGCUCAUUAUUUUCCUUCUAUCUUUUUUUUUGCCUUCCAUUGCCCCAUUUUGCCCUCCGUUAUUCUCUACUUUCCUCGCAAUCUUGGGCUUGCCAUUUUCGAAACUUUUGUGGCGUCCAGUUUCCAUCUCCAGACGAGUUUCCCUCCCCCUCCUAAUCUGCUCGAUCGCAUCGUUGGCAUGAGUUAUUUCCUCUUCUCAGUUGGAGGAGAGUGGGAAUUAAGAGCGACUCUGUGCAACCGCUUGAACCCACAGUGUUACCUCUCGUGGUUGCCCAGCUGAGGACUUGGAAUCUGUUUGGUCGUGGUUGGAGGUACCUCGUUCGUCCUGGUCUCGUUGGAUCAAACAAAUUACAGGGGAGAUGGCGACCGCUUGAAUGGGAGGCCACUGGGUCCCGAAUGAGUCGCCGAGCAUCAUGCAGCUUUUCCAUGCGAUCAUUGACGCUCCUUUGUAUCACCUGGCACUGGAGGGUCUGCUGUUGAUCUGGGUCUUCUGGCUCAUCUUCCGCAGGAGCUAUAAUCCAAAGGAGAAGGCACCUCUCACGGAAAAGGAGAAGGAUGAUCUGAUAGAGGAGUGGCAGCCAGAGCCAUUGGUCCCGAGGAAUUCGCCUUCUUUUGACCCGGAUCACCCUGCCCUCAAUCCGCGCAUCAUACAGUCCAAGAUAGGGAAGUACAUGGUGGUGAAAGGGAGGAAGUGCCUGAACGUAUCCACGCACGACUACCUGUGCAUGAACGAGGAGCCAUCCGUGGAAGAUGCGAGCGUGAAGAGCUUGGAGCAGUUUGGGGUCGGGGCGUGUGGUCCGAGGGCAUUCUAUGGCACUGCAGGUCGUGACGUCAAGUCUUUCGCGUGUUUCGUGCUUGGGGUGCGGUUUAAACUGAACCCGAAGAAGGCGAAGGUGACUCGUCGAUUUUUGGUCGUGGAAGGAAUUUACAUGAACACCGGGGAUCUGUGUCCCUUGCCGAAGAUCGUGGAGCUGAGGAGGCAGUUCAAGGUGCGACUGUUCGUCGACGAGAGCAUUUCCUUUGGGACACUAGGAAAGACCGGACGGGGAAUCUUCGAGCACUACGGCAUCCCGAACUCAGAGGCGGAUUUGAUCACUGGAACGUUGGAAUACGUGCUGUCGAGCGUCGGGGGCUUCUGCGUCGGCACUUCCUUCAUCGUCGACAACCAACGCAUCUCCGGACAUGGCAAGUCUUCCUCGGGAUAUUGUUUCUCGGCGGCUCUCCCCCCACUGCUGGCAGCGGGAGCCCUGGCGGCCCUCGAAUACAUCGAAUCGAGUCGGGGGAUCGCCGCCAUCGAGCGACUCAGGCGGAACUGUCUUCAGGCGCAGGUGGAGUGGGGGGAUGUGCCGGGGAUGGAGCUGGUCGGGGAUGCCGUGUCGCCGGUCAAGCACCUGCAGUUUAAGGACCGUUCGGAGAAUAGGAAAGAUGACUCGAGAGCUCUGCAAGAGAUGGUCGCCAAGGUUCGCGGUCCACUUCUAGCUUUCUUUCCUUGGAUGCUAUUUUCUAUUGGGGGAGAAAAGAAAAAGCGAGAGAGAGAGUGCAACCAUCUACCAUGCUUCUUUGUUCCAUCCAUUCGCGGGGAACAGGCAGAGGAGAUGGGGGUGGCCCUGACUUCAGCCUGCUACGUGGAGGACGAGGACGUGUGCAUGCCACCUCCGAGCAUCCGACUUGUCGUCUCUUCAGCGCUGGACGACGGGGACAUCCGGCGCGUGGCCGACGUCCUUCGCCGGUCGGCUCCCCGGCGCGGUCGCUGA